ACAGUGUCAGACGUACACCCAGCGUCAAGUAACGAGCACGUCUCUUGUAGAUUAUUCGAUCAAUUUGUCAUUUCACCGUUGUUGAUAAUAAACAAAUAAACAUAAGAGUGUAAGAGGACGAACGCAUCAUUAUCGCGUGAAUGAGACGCACUCGAGCCUGAUCGACUGAUAGUGGUGUGGCGGGAGCGCUGGCGCACCGGUGCGGUGCGGUCGGUCGACCAUCAGUCGCGAGCAUGCUGACAACGUGCCUCGUCGUAGCCCUGGCGGCAUCGCAUGCCGCUGUCUCCGCGGCAGUCAACUCUUCGCUGGAUCUGGACGUGAACAACACGUUGCCCGCUGAACAAUACUUCAUUGAUAAAAUAUUCGACAAAUAUGGAUAUAAAGGCGUCAUUACUUUUGAGGGUUUCGAGCAUCUGCUGGAUAGCCUCGGGCUUGGAGGGCGGGUGUUCAAUUCUCCCCAUGAUCUGGCUCUCCAUCGCAUUAACGGCACCUUCCGCCAACUUCACGACACACAACACAGACACAAGAGAUCGCCACCACCAACUGAUUCAUUAAUCCAAAAAUCAUGCUUAUCUCCGAGACAAAUAUUGGAAAUGUACGGAAUGGAGAACGAGCCUGGAGUCAUUAGUAUCAAGCCGAAAGUCUUCCUAGAAAUGUGUCCAGCUUUAGUAUACCAACUAGAUCAACGUUCUUGCUACAAAACCGAAGCACCGGGCCCCAAAUUGGAACGACAUUGGACUUGGAUAUACGCCAGUUUGAGUAUUCUUGUGAUCAGUGCUACUGGACUGAUGGGUGUGGCUAUAGUACCUCUUCUCAAGUCUGUUAUAUUCAGCCAUGUUCUUCAUUUCCUCGUCGCAAUAGCCGUGGGUACGUUGUGUGGUGACGCGCUAUUACAUUUAUUGCCGCAUGCCCUCAAAUCUCAUGGACCCUCCUCUGAACCUCAAGAAGAAACUGAAGUCGUACUGAAAUGUAGCGUUACAUUUUUGACAGUACUUCUUUUUUACACGGUAGAAGCAAUUAUGCAAACUAUACAUGGCGGACACUCACAUUCCCAUGAUCAUUCACAAGGUACAAAUGUAGAAGAAAUAAAAACUGAAUCUACAAAGCAAGUUGAGGCCGUCGAAUUGGGAGCUAUGAUGCCGGGAUCACCGCCUCCGCCAGCCGAACGACCGAUGACGUCAACAGCGCUAAUGGUGAUUGUUGGAGACGGUUUACACAAUUUAACUGAUGGCUUGGCUAUCGGCGCUGCUUUUAGUGGAGAUCCAGUGACUGGAUUUGCUACAGCACUUGCAGUCUUUUGUCACGAGCUCCCGCAUGAGCUGGGUGAUUUUGCAGUGCUACUGCGGUCUGGCAUGAGUAUAAAGCGUGCAUUAUAUUAUAAUCUAUUAUCAUCCGUACUCAGUUUUAUGGGAAUGGCUGGUGGCAUUUGGCUGGCUGAAGACCAUGAGUCGACAUCCCAAUGGAUUUAUGCCGCUACGGCUGGUACAUUUUUAUACAUAGCUUUAGCUGAUCUAGUGCCAGAAAUAAAUGAAAAUAACCAUGGUAAAAGUAUAAAUUUAAUUCUAGCCGUAUUAGGGAUACUUGCAGGCGGAGUAAUUAUGCUACUUAUUGCACUUCACGAGGAUUCUAUACAAUACCUGUUCCGUAAUGCUGAGCAAUGAACUGAAUAACCAAUAAUAGCUUUUAAGUCAAGAACUAAUACUUAGUAGGUACAUUUUACAUGUGAUAAACUCAUGGUUGUUGUUUUAAGUAGGUGAAAAAUAGUUUACCUACUAUACCAUAUGAGUACGUACGUACAGCUGUAUGUAUAUUAUAUAGGUAUAACAGUUUUCUAAAUAUGGCUAUCUGGAUUAAAAAGACAAUACAAACUUAGAUAUAUAUUCGCGAAUUGCUCAAAUGUAAACUAAGUUCUCUGGUUCACAUUACCUACAUUCGAUAAUAUGCAUAAUAUGUGAUGUAAAUAAUACAAUUUACUACAAUAAUAUAGAGUUGAAAAUAUCUUGUCUUUCGGAACAAAUGUUUCAACUAUUAUAGUAUUAUCAUUUAUAUUUUCCUUUGAACAUUAACUAGUUGUUUAAGUUUUUAUUUUAUCUAAUAUAGUCUAUGUAAGAUUUUAACCUAGUUACCAUACAUUCCUAACUAGAUAAAUUAUUCUGUACCGCAUAGUAAUUAUGAAGAGAACUCGAAAAUAUCAUAGUAGCGAAAUUAGUUAGGUACCUAUUUAAGUAAAAUCAUUUAUUUUUUAAUGGUU